CCCUCCAGCGAGUGUCACUCAUGGGCUCAGGAUGAGGUCUCUGAGCCUCAGGACCCCACAGCCUGGGGUCAGGAGGGCCAUCCUAGGAGCCCCUGGUGCCUCUCCAGCAUCUUCCACCCCACCGCGGCCCUCUCCCGCUUCCCACAGCUCAGGCAGGAGGUGACCCCCGUUUGUCUCCUGGAGCUGCUAAACAGAGAAGGGGAGGGGCUCUGCAGUGGGAUGGUGGUGGGAUGGUGAGGGUGAGGGGGAGUUGGAGCGCACCCAGACCUGGGAUCCAAGAGGCCUGCAGCCCCACCUCGCCCUUCCCCGCUGGCAGAGGGGAGGGAGUUUCCCUUUGAGGGCGAUGAGAGCCCAGGUGGUGGUAUAGUCUGGGGAGGGAACGGAUGCCCUGAAGGGCUGGCCCCUGCCCAUGGCCCACGGCUCCAGCCACUUGGCCUUUAGUUUGGUGCCCUCCGUACCCCCAGGGUUCCUCCUCAGGCUGACCCCCUCUGCUGUCUCCAUUCCCUAUUGGAUCAGAGCCCCAGGCACCCCCAGACUGGGGCCCUGACCAGUGAGGCCUGGCUUACCUGGGAGGCAGAGGCCGAUGGGUGGAAGGAGCAGGAGCAGGGCGUGCCUGCCUGCCCAGUGCUCCAGCUGUCCCCCCGGCCCUCACUGGGGCCUGCUUUGUGGCACCCGGCAGCGCUAAGGCGGGUGGGCAGGAAACCCAAGCUGAGAGGACAUCAAUCAUUCAUGGGGCUGCUUGCUGGGAAACCCUAACCCUGGCCCAGUAGGGCCAAGUGACCAGCCAGACCCCCUCCCCCAGCCCUGAUGGGCCUGGACAGUCAGACCCUCCUCCCCAGGGCCUCUCUAGCCCAGGGCAGACUCUAAGACCCCAAGGUCCACCUCCUCCCACAUCACCCCCCGUGCUCCUCAAACCGGCAUUCGAGGCAUCUGUGAUCUGGCCUCUUCCUCCAUUUCACACACCCUCUGCUCUGGCCAGGAUGUCACCCAUGGGGGGGCCCCAGUAGGCCACUCGCUCAUCCUUUCCCACCUCCCAGCCGUUGUCCGCAUGCCUCCUCCCACCUGAGAUGCCUUCCCUGGUCCUCUCUGCCUAACGAAGGCCUCUGCCCUUUGUCACACAUGAGCUGAGUCUUCUGCGCCCUAGCAUUAUUCCCCAUGUUUUAUAGAUAGGGAAACUGAGGCUGGGAGGGGAAUUUGCUGGAUCCCCCAGCUAAUAAGUAGCAGAUCUGGCAUCUGAGGCUCAUGGCAGCCACCACGUCCUGGUGCCCCUUGCUUCUGACCAAGGACAGUUCUCUGGACCCAUCUGGCUCUGCCCUGGCCAGCCCUGGGGCAGAGGACUGGGAUUAGGGCCAGGGCUGCCUGCCUCACUUACCCUAAUCCCCCUCAGAGCCCGAUCCUAGGCUCUCAGCUCUAAGAGUGGGGGUGCAUAAGCAGCUUUAUGGGUCCUGAAAGCCAAGGGUGCCCAGGGGUGCGGUGUCUCUGAGCCCUUUUAUCCCUCCCCCAUGACCACAGAGCAGGCAAGGGGGCAGCACGGCCCAAACCUGGCCACUGGCCAUCAGAAGCCCCCUGCGGGGGUUGUGACUCCCAAGAGUGAUGCAGAGGAGCCCCCGUUGACCAGGAAGAGGAGCAAGAAGGAGAGGGGGCUCCGAGGGUCUCGAAAGCGCACUGGCAGCUCUGGGGAGCAGACAGGCCCUGAGGCCCCGGGGAGCAGCAAUAACCCUCCCAGCACUGGAGAGGGGCCGGCGGGCGCACCCCCUGCAAUCUCUGGGCCGGCCUCUUCUCGCCAGUCCCACCGACAUCGUCCUGACUCCCGGCACGACGCUGCUCAGAGGACAUACGGGCCCCUGCUCAAUCGAGUCUUCGGGAAGGACCGCGAGCUGGGCCCCGAGGAGCUAGACGAGCUUCAGGCCGCCUUCGAGGAGUUUGACACUGACCGUGACGGCUACAUCAGCCACCGGGAGCUGGGUGACUGCAUGCGGACCCUGGGCUACAUGCCCACCGAGAUGGAGCUCCUGGAGGUCUCGCAGCACAUCAAGAUGCGCAUGGGCGGCCGUGUGGACUUUGAGGAGUUUGUAGAACUGAUAGGCCCAAAGCUGAGGGAGGAGACGGCGCACAUGCUGGGGGUGCGAGAGCUGCGCAUCGCCUUCCGAGAGUUUGACAGGGACAGGGAUGGACGAAUUACGGUGGCGGAGCUGCGGGAGGCGGUACCGGCUCUGCUUGGGGAGCCGCUGGCGGGUCCUGAGCUGGAUGAGAUGCUCCGAGAAGUAGACCUCAAUGGGGAUGGCACCGUAGACUUUGACGAGUUUGUGAUGAUGCUGUCCCGCCACUGAGGCUCCAGGAGGGAAUAUCUGUUGCCCCUGCGACCCCAGACAUCAGCCGGACCCAGGCUGCAGGCCUCCCCCAGGAGCCUCCAGGAUGGAGAUGGAGACCCAGCAGCCCCCAGACUACUUCUAUCCCUGAAAACACCUGGCCUCGAUGUUGGCUUGUUAUGUUACCUGCCCACCCUCAUCCUUACCUCCUCCUACUCAAGCUGCCUGGAGAAGACCUGCUCUCAGCUGCCCACCGUUCCUCAGUGUGAGCAAGAUUUGGGUCUCUCCAGACCUCUGGGAGGUAGGGAGUUCCCUGGCACUGGCAGCAUUCAGUGGGGACCCCCCAGUGGCAUGAUGAAUGGAGAGGAUGGCUGGACCCCUUCCACUACUUAUGUUUAUAAUUUUUUUUUUUUAAUGAACUUGAGCCGGGUGCAGUGGCUCACACCUGUAAGCCCAGCUGUCAGGGGGCAGAAGCGGGAGGAUAGCUUGAGCCCAGGAGUGCAAGACCUGCCUGGGCAACAUACUGAGACCCCAUUCUCCACAAAAAGGAAAAAUAAAAGACAAAAAACAAACAAACAAAAAACCAAAAACCCAAGUGUAAAAAAAGUGAGCUUAAAAGAAAGAAAGGGAUGGUUCCAUGUAUCAAAGACAAAGAAAUCAAAGCUGGGGUUGUAGGAGGGAGCUGACCCUGUGGGGGUUUCAGAUCUGGAUGGAGGCUUGGCCGCCUGGACUCCUACACCCAUGAGUGACAGAAGAACCGUAUGAGUCUGGGGAGCAAGAAACAAACCCCCCGGAUAUAUUCCAGGGUCUCCAAAGGCUAAGAUAUUAAUCUGUCUGCACUGACCAGUCAUAGAAAGUGGCAAGGAUACAGAUGUUCAGGGCCCAGAGUGGAAACAGCUGCCCUAAAGAGCCUGGAACUCCAGGGCCUGCCCUUCAAGCAGGCGUGUAGUCUCUCUCCAGGGUGUGAAAAACUGGAAAAAAACCCUGCCGCUCCCAAAGGGGAACUUGUGAUAAAAACUACAGAUUAUUGGGCCGGGAGUGGUGGCUCACGCCUGUAAUCCCAGCACUUUGGGAGGCCGAGGCGAGUGAAUUACCUGAGGUCAGGAGUUUGAGGCUAGCCUGACCAACAUGGUGAAACCCCAUCUCUACUAAAAAUACAAAAAUUAACUGGGCGAGGUAGCAUGCACCUGUAAUCUCAGCUACUCGGAGGUUGAGGCAGGAGAAUCGCUUGAGCCUGGGAGGUGGAGCUGCAGUGAGCUGAGAUCACACCAUUGCACCCCAGCCUGAGCAACAGAUCGAGACUCCGUCUCAAAAACAAAACAAAAAAACCGUACCGAUUAUAAAAGUAAAGAAACCACCAUGAAGGAGACGAGACAGAGACAAAAACAAGAGGACUGGCAUCUCAGUGUACAUAAUACAGCCACCUAAGAGACCACAAGAUACAUGCAAAUAAAAGACGGCUAAAAGGGGAAGAGAGAUCAACAUGCAGUAACAGGAUAGUAUGAAGAGAGAACCGGAAGAUUUAAAAAGUAACCCAACAGGCCAGGCGCAUGGCUCAUGAGCCCAGGAGGCAGAGGUUGCAGUGAGUCGAGAUCGCACCACUGCACUCCAGCGUGGGUAACAGAGUGAGAAUCCGUCAAAAAGAAAAAAACAAACCAUGGCUUCUGUUAAAAAAAAAAAAAGUAUAUUUUAUAUAUAUACACACACACACAUAGCCAUUGCAAUGAAAAAAUAAUGGAUAAGCUAAACAGCAGAUUAAACACAAUUUAAAGAUUAAUGAACUGGAAGCUAUACCUAAGAAAUCACUUAUAAUGUAACACUGAGAGACAAAAGGAUGGAAAAUAUUAUAGGGUAGUUAAAAGUCACUGGAAGGCUGGGUGUGGUGGCUCACGCCUGUAAUCCCAGCACUUUGGGAGGCUGAGACGGGCAGAUCACAGGGUCAGGAGAUCGAGACCAUCCUGGCUAACACGGUGAAACCCCAUCUCUACUAAAAAUACAAAAAAAAAUUAGCCGGGCGUGGUGGCGGGCGCCUGUAGUCCCAGCUACUCGGGAGGCUGAGGCAAGAGAAUGGCGUGAACCCGGGAGGCGGAGCUUGCAGUGAGCCGAGAUCGCGCCACUGCACUCCAGCCUGGGCUACAGAGCGAGACUCCAUCUCGGAAAAAAAAAAAAAAAAAAAGGUCACUGGAGGACUGGGUGUGGUGGCUUAUGCCUGUAAUCCCAGCAUUUUGGGAGGCUAAGGCAGGAGGAUCACUUGAGGCCAGGAAUUUGAGACCAGCCUAACAGCAAGACCCUGCCUCUUAAAAAAAAUAAUAAAAAAAUAAGCUGGGUGUAGUGGCUCAUGCUUGUAGUUCCAGGUAUUCAGGAGGCUGAGGUGAGAGGAUCAUUUGAGCCCAGGAGUUGGAGGCUGCAGUGAUGGUGCCACUGCACUCCAGCCUUGGUGACAGAACAAGAGACCCUGUCUCAAAGAAAAAGACAGAUAAGUCCUUGGGAGUCUCAGACGGAGGACAUACAUAGAGAAUGAGCAAGAAGCAAUAACCAAAGAGAUAAUGGCUGAAAAUUUUCCAUAAAGACUUCCACAGACUUCAAGUCCGCAGAUUGAAGGAACAAACCGAAGUCAGAGUAGGGUAAAUAAAAAUAAAUAUAUAUCUGGAUAUAUCCCAUUGAAACUGCAGAAUAUAAAAAGCAAAUCUUAUAAAUAACUGGAGAGAAAAGUCAGAUUCACGGUGUUCUGUCAAAGUGUUCGUGUAGACUAAGGGUGGGGAAACUUUCUGUAAAGAGCUGGAGAAUAAUUAUUUUCAGCUUUGAGGCUUCGGUCUCUGCUGCAGCUGCUCACGCAACUCUGCUGUUGAAGUUUGUAGUGCAAAGUCAAGUCAACAAAUGAGUGUGGCUGUAUCAGAAAUUUUAAUAAAUAACAGUAAAACAUUUAUUGACAUGGAAAUUUGAAUUUUAUAUAAUUUUAUGUCAUAAAAUCUUAUUAUUCUUUGACUUUUCUCCAACCAUUACAAAAUAUAAAAACCAUUCUGUGGACUAUACCUUGCUGAUUCCUAACGCAGACUUCUAAUGAUGGGAAUCACCACUUCUGAAAUUGCUUUCUGUUAAGACUGUAGAAUGAAGUCGGGUGAGGUGGCUCAGGGGUUGGAGACCAG